UCAAACGGUUUUUUGGUGAUAAGGCGAUGGAAAUUUUAAAAUCGUGUUUGAUCCUCGAUGCAAAUUUUAAUGUUUCUGCAUUUUAUUACCGAUGAUUAUCGAAGUUCUUUGCAGAUUUUCGCAGAGAAGUAUUGCCAUCUUCGUGCAAAAUGACGGAGGCUAAGGUACUCGUCGAUAUCGACAAUUUCCUCGAAGAACAUCGAAAGAAAUUACAAGAGGACAGGAAAGUUCUGAAUGAAAUUCUCGAUUUUUUAGAUAAAAAGCAACAGGCUCUCGUGUUGGAUAAUGGCAGUUAUUUGCAAGACAGUAGUUUAGAUGAAACUGAUCGAAAAUCACCGGAUUGCGUGGAAAAUCACACUUUCGAAUUGCCGGAUCACUAUAAAGAUGAACAGCCUAGGGUUAUGGUACGAUAUGGUGAAUUUUCCCCUCUAAAUCCGGUGUUUCGAUCGAGCAGUAGACCCUUACUGGGUCUAGGGGAAUAUGAAGAAAGACGAAAAAUUUUUCUGGAGAAGAAAAAACGAGAAUAUCAGCAGUAUUUGUCAAAAGCAAAAAAUGAAAAAGAGCGAGAGAAAGCUAAAUCAAAAUUACCCGAUAAUAAUAAAAAUGAUGAAAAUCAUCCGAGGUUGACGAAUAUCGCCGAAGCCGACAGUGCCAAAGUUUCACCUAGAAAAUUGAAUAUGCCUCGUGAAGUACUUUCGCCUGGUAGAGGAAUUGUCGAAGCUGUUGAUCCAUGUUAUGCUCGUUGGCAACAACAAGUGUAUCGAAGAGAAUUAGACAGACAAAUUAUCGAUAAAAAGAAAAGAAUGAAAGCAGAAAAAGAACGCGAACGAUUGGAAUGUGAGAAAAAACAAAAAGAAAUGAUGAUGGAGCAACUCAAGCUUGCCAAAUCCAUAACAGAUCAAAUUCGUCGAUACCAAAUGACUGAAAUGUUUGAAGACGACGAAUCUGCCAUUGACGAAAAAGAAAACCAAACAGUUGACCACGAAAAUCAAAUUUUCAUCGAAGGUGUGAAUUUGUCUGAAGCUCCGUCGACUCCUGUAUGCUCUCUUGGAUUCAAUCCUGUUCCUAUGGUACUUGAAUCACCGCCACAUCAAAUUACCAGUUCCAUUUUCAAUACCGCUUCUCCUCCUAAAUCACCUCAACAAGUACCUCUACAAUUAACCAGUUCCAUUUUUAAUCGUGCUUCUGAUCAUUCCCGUAAACCUACUCCAUUUCAUGUUGAUAUUCUAUCAAAAGAUGAGGUCGACUCUUCGAGGUUUAAUUCUAUUCCAGAGUCAACCACGGAGACAAAAAUUGAAUCUUCGGAUCGACGAAAAUCUAAUGCGAUCACGAAUGGUUCUAAUACAGAACCAGAACGCUUAUUACGUCAAAAAUCGCAGCAAGAAAUCUAUAAAAAUGAGCUAGCUCGACAAAUCGAAGAAAAGAAACGUUUAGAAAUGGAACGCAAGCGUAAAGAAGCCGAAGAAGAGAAAAAAAUUGACGCUAAAGUUAAAAUGGAAGAAGAAAAAUUACGACAAGAAUACGAGAGAGAACAGGCUGAACGAGAAUACCGUGCUUCUCAACGUGUACAACAAGAAAUUCGGCUUCAAGAACAACUAACUAGACUUCAAAAAGAAGCCGAGGAACGCAAGAAAAACGUUUAUCAACCUAGUAACGCUUUUGUCGCAUCUAAACCUGCCAUUUAUCCUACAAAUCACGGUGUUACUCAAAAAGGUGCCAUGAGAAACGUAUCGUUCGCUCCGAAAGCUUGCGUUUAUUCUUUUCAGAACACUGACAACGGUGUUCAAAGUAAUCAGAUCACGUCUACUGAGAAUCGUACCAAAGAUAAUUCUCAGAUUAUCGUAGAAGCACCUUAUGUAUUAGCUGUGAAGGGUAACGAAGUUCAGAAUGGUGACCUGUCGUACAAAAAUGGAAGACCGAGAUCACCUCCUGUUCCUGCCCUAAGAACUCAGGAAAUCUUGUCAAAAUCUUUACCGGUGUCUGACUGUGUGAUACCUUCUACUGUGUCUAUGUCUCCUGAAGCAAGAGAAAGAUUUCUUAAAGAUGCCAAAAUACUUUCUAAUUUAUCUGAAAUACGCCGAAGAUUAUUAAUUAAACAUGCUGGCUUAGAUGGCAAAUGACUCGUUGUAUUAGGUUUUUAUAUUACAGUUUUUAUCUACAUUUUCAUUUUUAUACUACAAAAUAUACAAGUUUAAUUUUACCAUAAUACAUAAGCGUUACGAAAUAAAACAUACCGAAAGACAA